AUGGAUCCAGAGUAUGCUCCUAGAGUACUAGAUCUGAAUGAGCCAAUACCCGAAGAUGUCAGUGUGUUUGACGAUUUACAAAAAGAACAUACACCAGUGAACACCACAAGAACCUCGAGCAAUGCAGAUGUAACCAGAAGUUCUGAACAAAGCAAGCAUGCUAGUGGUAGCAACAUUGGUGCAAGUUCUGGACAGAGCAAGCAUGCUAGUGGUAGCAACAUUGGUGCAUCCGCUGACACAGACCCUAUAACAGGUGAAACACUUUCUACUGAUGAUUCGGGAGGUGACGAAGAUGAUGAUGAAGUCCAAUCAACUCCAGUAAGCCAAACUGAAGUGCAAACACUAUAUCCUGGCAUGAUUUUCGAUUCAUGGGAUGAAGCGAAGAUGCAUUACAACAGAUAUGCUAAGAAACUUGGAUUCUCCAUCAAGUGUAGUACAUCCAAGAACUCGACAGUUGAUGGUCAGAAGGACAAACAGAUGUUCGUUUGCAACAAGAAUGGCAAGAAUGAAGACAUAAACAUGCAAGAGGCGGCACCAGUUAGGCAGCGGAACAAAAGCAUCACUAAGAAAACUGAAUGCAAGGCUAGGCUAAGGACCAAAAGGAAAGCUAAAAAGUGGCAUGUAACAUAUUUCAUUGAAGAGCACAAUCACAGUUUGAUAAAGAAGUUCUCUUUGAAGAAAUAUUUAAGGUCUCAUAAAGGAAUUCCUAAGGAAGAAAGGGACUUUGUUAAGCUCUUGCAUAAGGUGAAUCUCUCUGCUGGAAGGGUAAUGAGGAUCAUGGGAGAAGUCUAUGGUGGUAUGACCAAUGUACCCUAUGAUAGCAAGUCUGUUAGCAAUUUCAUGGCUACCAUUAAUGAAGAUCAAACACACAAGGACAUGUCAAAGCUGCUUUCUCACUUUGCAAGGAUAAAAAAGGAAGACCCAGAUUUCUACUUCAACUUGCAUACAGAUCAUGCUGAUAAGGUUGACCGCAUAUUUUGGGUUGAUGGGCCAGCAAUAGCUGCAUACAAGAACUACAGCGAUUGUCUCUCAUUUGACACCACGUACAUGACAAACAUGUAUAAUAUGCCGUUUGCGCCGUUCAUUGGGAUCAAUAGGUAUUGUCAGGGCAUCCAGCUAGGUUGUGGUUUCCUAAAAAAUGAAAAUGUGGAGAGUUUUGUGUGGCUCUUUCAAGAGUUUCUUGAAGCAAUGGGCGGCCUCCAGCCCCAAAACUUCAUUACUGACCAAGAUGCAGCGAUGAGAUCUGCAAUUCUCGCAGAAUUUCCAAACUGUUGCCACAGGAACUGUAGGUGGCACAUUAUGCAGAAUGCGCAGGCAGUUUUGGGAAAUUUCUUGUCAAAACAUGAAGAGCUAAGGCAAGAGUUGAAUGCAAUUAUUGACUACAGCAUGUCAAUUGAUGAAUUCGAAACAAGGUGGGCAGAUAUGCUUCGCAAACACAGUGUAGUGGACAACACACAUCUUGCUGAUUUGUAUUACUUGAGAGCAACUUUUGUCCCAGCUUACUUCAAGGAUCGCUUCUUCCCGUUCCUACAAACUAGCGCCCGGAGUGAGGGGUUUAGUGCUGUUCUGAAAACAUACAGUAACUCUCACUAUAGUCUGCAUCACUUCUUUGAACAAUACUUGAAGUUGCAAGAGAAAAUUAAUGUAGCGGAGGAUUCAGUCGAGUUUUUGGAUGAAGAUAAGACUUUUAGGGUGUGGGGUGACUACCCUCUUGAAGAGCAAGCGUUGAAGGUUUAUACGCGACCCAUAUACUUGCGUCUCAGGGCUGAGCUUCGUAAAGUGACAUCCUACAAUGUACAACUUAUUGGUGGCCAAAGUUACGAUGUCCUCCCAAUUAAAACCUACGUCUAUGGCUACGGUAGUAGGAGCUACCAAGUUGAGGCUAAUGUCGAAACUGAAACUUACAGCUGCGAGUGCUGCAAGUUCAGUAGGGAUGGAUUACUUUGCUGCCAUAUAUUCAGAGUAAUGGUGCAAUUGGGUUGUAUUAACAAAAUUCCAGAGAAAUACAUACUAGACAGGUGGAGAGUACAGGAGGAAACCAUUGUGGGGGAAAAAUGGACUUGCCUAAGCAGCCAGUGGGCAGGAAGAUGA